UGUUAGGAGUCGGCAUGUUUCCGAUUGUGUCGUGUAGUUCUCGAAAUACCAUUUCGCCCUCAACUUCCGGUAUCAUCAGCAAUUAUGUGACAGUUCCCUCAAAAUUACCGGUCCUCGGCAAAGUCAUGGCUGCCACCAAUAUUAUUCAAGGUGCCAUGAGCGCUCCAAUUGAUCCUGCGUUUCUCCUAGGAAAACCUGAUCUGCCACUUUUAACAGUGGGUCUCAAUUCAAUUGGAAUGAUAGAAGUGGAGCCUAACUCAAGAAGCGUUUGGUCCAAAAAUUCUCAUUGGGUCAGAGCUAUUAGAUUAUCUGAUGACUGUCAUUCAUAUAAUGUAGAAUUAAGACUAUACCCAGCACAAAGAGCUUGUAGUACGUUAAAUAAAAAUUUGCCAACUCCAAAAUUGAUAUUACAAGCCGUUCGAACGAUCGAAAUUGGUCAGGAGUUGUCGUUGUGGUUCUCCGAAGAUAUAUUGGCGAUGUUACAAAUCGUUUUCCUAACACCUGCAAACAUACAAGGUCAAAAUAGGUACGUUUGUAAUAGAUGUUUAUCGUUAUACGAAUCACCAAAUCCUCUUAAACUUCAUAUGACAUUGGGUUGCGGAAAACACGAUAUUGGAAUUGUAUGGCACAAACUCUCAACUAUGUUAAGAGAAAAUAGUUUACAUAAUGUAUUCGUACAAAAAUGUUUCGAUUUUAAACUUUCGCCCACGCAACCAUUGAGUCGACAAAAAAGCGCAAUUGAUCUAACGACUUCCGGUAAUAAAAAAUGCGACAGUCCAAAGGAAUUGUACAGGCCUUAUUCAGAACCUUCGGCGUUUAAACCAUUUAAGAAAGAAGAAUCUUCACCUACAAAAGAAAUUCCCACUGUAUGGCCCUUGAGUUUUAAACAUCAUGAAUUGCUGCAAAAGCAACUUCCUGAUUUCGACAAGUGCAGUGGAGUUCCCAGUUAUGAAGACGACGCGCAUAUUGAAACUCUAGUUAGUAGUUUAGGAAAAACAGACGAUGGUCAUGUUUGUUUAUAUUGUGGAAAAUGUUAUUCUAGAAAAUACGGAUUAAAAAUACAUAUACGAACUCAUACUGGAUACAAACCUUUAAAAUGCAAAUUUUGCGGUAGACCCUUUGGAGAUCCAAGUAAUUUAAACAAACACGUCAGAUUACAUGCAGAAGGAAACACCCCCUACAAAUGUGACUUGUGUGGCAAAAUCUUGGUUCGAAGAAGGGAUUUGGAAAGGCAUCUGAAAUCUAGGCAUAUGAUCGACAUGCAUCCUGACUUGAAUGUCUUACCAGAUUCACCAAAUGGAGAUGACGAAAUUAGUGAAGACGGUUCUACGCGAUCGUCCAACACUACGUAGUCAAACUAACUUGUAUUUAUUUGUACAUAGAUGAACUAUUGAAAAAACGUUUUUAUAUUUUUAAUAAAUAUUUAUUUAUACUUUUAAAA